AUGCUAGAUAUUGGCAAAUAUUUAACUUGCUUUCGUCUUUCGGCAUUCAGGUUUGAAGGCUUGAAAACUCACACGAAGACAUAUAUAUCGAUUGGUAUUGGAUACCAUGAAUGCGCCCUGCAGUGCAGCUUGCUUUACUGGCGCAAGGACGGUUAUCUGGACGGAUCGUGGCCUUCAAGACAGGGCCGAGAGGAGUUUGUUGCAAGAUAUCAUAUGCCCCUUUCAGAAAAUUCUCGCUUUCAUCUCUCCCGAGCGUCAUGA